GUCGUCUGAACACACGUGUUUUUGUUGACAUGAAUUAUGAUUUGGGUUCGUUCUUAAAGAAACAGUUCAUUGUCGAAAGAAGAUAAUAACGAAAGAAAAUGUCAGCUUUGAAGCAAAUUCAGCUUCUGUUCGACAAAGAUCAGAUUUUGUCAGUGCAACAAAAACAAGAUUUGAUGAACAACUUGACAGAACUAUUUAUUAUACCUAAGUUUACAGAAGAUGUUUGUAAAAUUUGUCGCUCUGUGAUAUUGGAUAUUAUUGCUAGAGCUGCAGAAUCAGUGAAGAAGGAUAAUCAGGAAAAAUUCUAUAUUGCAUUGAGUAAGGGCAUUACAGUUUGUCCUGAUUUAAGAAGUUAUGCAGCUGAUUAUCUUCAAAAGAACAGUAAAAGUUUACCUCUGACAGAAACAAAACAGUACAGUUCAAAGGCUGUAGUUGAAAUAGCAAAAGCAACAUGGCGAUUGGUCAAAGAAAUAGGGGACAGUUUGAAGAGUUGUAUUCAAGUGGACAAUGUUUUAAGUUUCCUGUCACAGUAUAAGGACAACUUAGAAGCUUCAUGGUUUUGUGGAAAUGCAGUGGCUCAGAUGCUAUGUAUGUCAUCCUCACAGAGAGAGGAAUUCCUGUCCAAUUUCUUCCCAGAUAAAUCACUGUUUGCUGACUAUCAAAUCAGGUAUGGAAGUAUGUGUAGAGACCAUAUCACUGAGGAAUCAGGAACACAGUUAGCUGGUCUCAGUUCUAGAAUACAGGAGGUCUUGGCAUCAUUUACUGAGACAGAUUUUCAUCACAGUAUUGUUAUGGUAGCAGGCAUCAUGCUCCCUAAAGCUGUAGUAGUAGAAGAUCUUAUAACAACCUGCUCAUUGAUACCUGUGGAAUCAACUAUCAGUCAUCUAAGAAGUCUUGCCUUAGCUGUAGCCUCUGGGAAUCCUGUACUUCUCCAGGGACCUGUUGGGUGUGGUAAAACCUCGUUAGUAGAACACUUGGCCCAGGUAACAGGUAGACAGAAAUCACCAGCACUGAUGAAAAUACAACUUGGUGAUCAGACAGAUAGCAAGGCAUUACUGGGCACUUACAGAUGUACAGAUAUACCUGGAGAGUUUCUAUGGCAACCAGGUAUAUUGACCAGGGCUGUGACUGAGGGUCAUUGGGUGGUGCUUGAGGAUAUAGACUCUGCUCCGAUGGACGUUGUAUCAGUGUUACUACCACUGCUGGAGAGGAAUGCUCUAUCUUUAUUAGGACAUGGAGACAGUAUUCAUACUUCCCCAAACUUUAGACUGUUUGCUACACAAAGACUUCUUGGUUCACACAGUGGAUGGCAUCGUCAGCAUAAUAACAGCUCAGUCUUGUUGGAGAAAAUGUGGACAAAGAUCAGUGUGGAACCACUGUCUAGAGUGGAAUUAGAGCAGGUUAUAACAACACAAUAUGCUGACCUUAAGCCUGUAGUAGAUAGACUAUUAGACAUAUACUUCAUGUUAUCAGCUGGUAAACAUGACACGGAAGGGAACCAGGAGGAAUCAGUCGGCAAGUUUAUGUCACAUGAUGGCAGACUAAUAUCUACAAGAUUCAAACCAGUGGACAUUAAACAUGUAGUGAAACCGUUCCAUGAAGAUUUUGAAAUUUUGUUUUGUGAAACAUUUUCUAGAAAAGAGAAUGUAAAGUUUAUUACACAUUUGCAGGAUUGUUUUAUAAAGAAGAAAUGGAAUAUGUUGUUAACAUUGAUGGAACACACCAUGAAACCAGCUUUUCAAAGAAUAGAAGCAGGAAAGAUGUCUUCAGAUCGCAGUGAGAAAUGGAAAAAUAUAAAACAUCGUUUACAGCAGCUGAAGGUCCAAGUACAACAGACAGAAAAUGUUCUAGCCUUUGCAUUUAUAGAGGGUACCUUGGUAAAAGCUUUGAGAAAUGGUGAUUGGGUGUUGUUAGAUGAGAUAAACUUGGCAGCUGCUGAAACGUUGGAAUGUCUGAGUGGUUUACUGGAGAGUCAAGCUGGUUCAUUGGUUCUUACAGAGAGAGGAGACAUGGAGCCUGUUGUAAGACAUAAAAAUUUCCAACUGUUUGCCUGUAUGAAUCCUGCAACAGAUGUUGGCAAGAAGGACUUACCUAUUGGUAUUAGGAACAGAUUUACAGAGUUUUAUGUGGAUGAGUUAGAAGACAUUCAGGACUUAAAAAUACUGGUCAGUGAUUACCUACGAGGUUUGGCACCUACCUCUGGUCAGAUAGAGGGUAUUGUUAAGUUCUACUUAACUGUCAGAGAGGAGGCUGUUAAGAAACUCACAGAUGGAACUGGACAUCGACCACACUUCAGUUUGAGAACUUUGUGUAGAGCUUUGAGAUAUGCUUCAAGUAAUCCCUGUGGUCAAAAGGCUCGUUCUUUGUAUGAGGGAUUUUGUUUGAGUUUUCUGACACAGCUAGACAGGUCAUCACAUCCUAUUGUGGACAGUUUAAUAUGUCAACAUGUCCUUGGAAAGUCCAAUAUAAAAUCCAUACUAAAACAGCAGAUACCAAUGCCAAGUCAGGGCCAGCAUCUUAACUUUGAAGGUUAUUGGAUCUCUACUGGGAAGAAGAAAGCUCAGGUUCCAGAUCAUUACAUACUAACCCCAUCAGUCAGACAGAAUCUGAAAGAUCUGUGCAGAGUUAUAUCUGGAGGACAACAUCCAGUGCUACUGCAAGGAGAGACAUCUGUAGGUAAGACCAGUCUAGUGACGUGGCUAGCCAAGUCUAGUGGUAAUCAUUGUGUCAGAGUAAACAACCAUGAACAUACAGACCUACAGGAGUAUGUAGGAUGUUACUCAGCUGAUGAAACUGGUAAACUCGUCUUCAAAGAAGGAGUUUUAGUGGAAGCUAUGAGAAAAGGCCAUUGGAUAAUAUUAGAUGAGUUGAACUUAGCUCCUACAGAUGUUCUAGAAGCACUAAAUAGGUUAUUAGAUGACAAUAGAGAGUUGUUCAUACCAGAGACACAAGAGACAAUCAAGGCACAUCCAAAGUUUAUGUUGUUUGCUACCCAGAAUCCACCUGGCCAUUAUGGUGGUAGAAAGAUGUUAUCUAGAGCUUUCAGAAAUCGUUUUAUAGAACUACAUUUUGAUGUGAUACCUAGUGGUGAACUGGAGACUAUACUUCAUGAGAGAUGUAGUAUCCCAAUGUCUUACAGUAAAAAACUGGUAGCUGUCAUGUUAGAACUUCAGACCAGGCGAAGAGGAUCUGGAGUAUUUGCCGGUAAACAAGGAUUUAUGACUUUAAGAGAUUUAUUCCGAUGGGCAGAAAGAUACAAGUGUAAAACUGCUGGAAAAUCCAAGUUCUAUGACUGGGAACAACAUAUGUCAGAUCAUGGGUACAUGGUACUAGCUGGUAGAGUUAGGAAACCUGAAGAAGAGCUUGUAGUCUGUGAAGUGAUUCAGAAACAUUUCAAACGUAAAGUUGAUCCAGAUAGACUGUUUACAUUAAGUCCUAACACUUCAACAACGACAGCUGACCUGCUUAAGUCUGUCAUUAAUGAAUCGUCUAGUGACUUUGAACAUGUAGUGUGGACCUAUGGUAUGAGAAGACUGGCUGUGCUGAUUGGACAGUGCAUUCUGUUUAAAGAGCCUGUGCUUUUGGUGGGAGAAACAGGGUGUGGAAAAACAACCAUGUGUCAAGUACUAUCAGCCAUAAAGAAUAUCCAGCUUUUUUCCAUUAACUGUCAUUUACAUACAGAAAGUUCUGACUUCUUAGGAGGACUAAGACCAUGUAGAUCUCAUGAUCAGGAAGGACCACAGAGGCUUUUUGAAUGGGUUGAUGGCCCCCUUGUCACUGCCAUGAAGGAAGGGGCAAUGUUCCUGAUUGAUGAGAUCUCAUUAGCUGAUGACUCUGUCCUUGAGAGGUUAAACAGUGUCCUUGAACCUGAACAGAUGAUUUUAUUGGCUGAGAAAGGUGGUGGUGAUGGGUCAUUGAGUGAAGUGGAACAAGUUAAUGCUAAGGAUGGAUUCCAGGUGUUUUCUACAAUGAAUCCAGGGGGAGAUUUUGGAAAGAAGGAGCUUUCCCCUGCAUUGAGAAACAGAUUUACAGAAAUAUGGUGUCCACAGACCAACAAGAGACAAGAUUUUGUCAAUAUUAUUGAACACAACAUUAAAUCUGGUAUCCACCUGUGUAACAUGGAGGAUGGUACCAGUGGUAUAGGCAAAGCUAUCAUUGACUUUAUAGAAUGGUUUUCAAAUAAUGAUUAUGGAAAGAGAUGUACAGUGAGUAUACGCGAUAUUCUUUCAUGGGUGAAUUUUAUCAAUGUGACAUCUACAACACUACAUGAUGAUGAGAAUGAUGAUACAUUAAAGUAUAACAAACUAGAGGCCCCACUAGCUUUUAUACAUGGUGCUUGUCUUGUCUUCCUGGAUGGCCUUGGCUCAGGGACUACAAGUAGAGGUUCAGACAGUGAGAUAGAACAGACAAGACUUAUAUCUCUCCAGUUCUUACUGAAACAAGUCAGUCAAAUGACACAUCAGUCGUAUGACCUAAAAUCUCUUGGUCUUGUGGAUAAAUAUGGAGGUGUGUCCAAAGAUACCGUUACAAUCAUGGAAGAUAAAUUCUGCAUCUGGCCAUUUAGUAUUGAAAAAGGUCAAAAUGAGGAUGCUCAUAUGGACAACUAUGCCUUACAAGCACCCACCACAUGUGUCAAUGCCCAGAGAAUAUUGAGAGGACUACAGUUGCCUAGGCCACUUUUAUUAGAAGGUUCACCAGGUAUUGGUAAGACCAGUUUAGUGGCAGCCAUAGCCAAAGCAGCAGGCAGACAUUUAGUAAGGAUCAACUUGUCUGAACAAACAGAUGUUACAGAUUUAUUUGGAGCAGACUUGCCUGUAGAAGGAGCUGAAGGUGGGGUAUUUGCAUGGAGAGACGGCCCACUGUUGCAAGCUUUAAAGGCAGGACAUUGGAUUGUUUUAGAUGAGUUAAAUCUGGCCUCACAGUCCGUGCUGGAAGGUUUGAAUGCCUGUUUAGAUCACAGAGCAGAAGUGUACAUACCAGAACUGAGUAAAACCUUCCACAUACAACAUGAGAAGACUCGUUUAUUUGCCUGUCAGAAUCCAUUAAAUCAGGGUGGAGGAAGAAAAGGGUUACCAAGGUCAUUUCUAAACAGAUUUACACAGGUGUAUGUUGAACCACUUACAUCAGAAGACUUACACUUCAUUGCAUCAAUAAUGUUUCCAGUAAUUCCUCAGUAUAUUCUCGAAAAUAUGGUCACAUUCAACAUUGAAAUGAACAAGGAAACAGUUAUUGAGAGGAAGUGGGGACACAAAGGAAGCCCUUGGGAGUUUAAUUUGAGAGAUCUAUUUAGGUGGUGUCAACUCCUUAUAUCACAGCAGAGACUUGAUGAUCUGAAUCCUGGAGAAUAUGUUUCUUUAUUAUACAAGGACAGAAUGAGAACAGUCAAAGACAAACAGAUGGUAAUGGAACUGUAUCAAAGAAUUUUCUCAGACAAGUUUGCAGCUUAUGAGCCAAGCAAGAAAUUCUGUAUAACACCAAGUCAGAUACAGUGUGGCCACUCCUUCCUUCCCAGAAUACAACACAGCCAGCCAAUCAACAGUGGGAGCUCCAUCCACCUCUUACAUCACUGCUUAGAACCAUUAGAAUCAGUAAUGAAGUGUGUAGAAAUGAACUGGCUUUCAAUUAUUGUAGGUCCUCAGUCCUGUGGUAAAACAUGUUUAGUACAACUGUUAGCCAUAUUGUGUGGACAGGAUUUACAAGUUUUAGCUAUGAACAGUGAUAUGGAUACUACAGAAUUGUUAGGAGGAUUUGAGCAGUCUGAUCCUGCUAGACACAUUGAAGAGUUAGGGAGUGACAUUCAUACAUUACUGACUAGAAUAGAGGAGUUCCUACUUUGUAAAGGUGAUUUACACCAGGUGAUCGGGCUACAUAAAUCAUGGAAGACCUACACAGAGGCCAGUAAACAUGUUGAGAAGAUGUCAAGUGUUGAAGAACUGCAACAGAUGAAGAAACAAGUUGACUGCUUGAUGAAAGUGUUGACAGAUUGUUCUCGUGUUGUCAAGAAAUACACAGACUUAAACACUGUGGUCAGUGAUUGGUUUAUACUGAUAGAGAAACUGAGAAAACUACAAUUAAAGUUAACUGAGAGUAAAGCUGGAUCAGGUGGUGGCACAUUUGAAUGGGUGGACAGUAUUCUAGUGACGGCCUUACAAUCUGGACAAUGGCUACUAAUUGAUAAUGUCAAUUUCUGCAGUCCUUCAGUGCUAGACAGAUUGAAUGCUUUAUUAGAACCCAAUGGUGAACUAACUAUUAAUGAAAGAGGAGUCAUUGAUGGACAAAUACCGUCCAUUAAACCACAUCCAAACUUCAGGUUAUUUUUAGCUAUGGAUCCUAAGUUUGGUGAUAUCUCUAGAGCAAUGAGGAACAGAGGAGUAGAGAUAUAUAUUCCUGGAGAGGAUGAAGGUUCACCAUACUCAAACAAAGAUGUAAAACUUCUCCUGCAGACACUAGGUCUUGUUUGGAAUAAAGCUUGUGAUUGGUUAAUAUCAUUCAAUGACCUUUUGAGGUCAGAGUUAUCUAGAGGGGAACAACCAACCAUAUUAGAUCUUCUGUGUGUGGCAGCAGUAACCAAACAGCAGAUAGAUAGAGGAAUUCCAUUGGACAAAGCACUCAAACUAGCAACAAGUGAUAUUUAUGUUAAGAGUGUGAAAUAUUAUACAACUAAACAGAUUGCUAAAUCCAUUUGGAAUUCAAAAUGUGAGGAAUUAUUUGAGAAAGAUCUUAUGUCAGAGACUAUGAUUUACAUUACACCAACAGUAACAGACUGUAUGUCUGAUGUAAAGUUGGCCAAUAUACUGAUAGAUGGUAGCAGUGUUAUGUAUUAUACCAAACAGUUAAUGGAUAAUAUUAACAGGGAAUGUAACUUCGAUGUUACUUUUGAAAAAACAUUAGCUGAACUGAAAUAUGCUUUUCAAGUAUUGAUGAAUGGAAUGCCAUUAAGUUGUUGGAAACUAUAUUCUAGAUGGUUAGACAAUUUUGUUCAGAAAUUUAGAGUUGAUUUGAAGACUCGCAUUGAAGACCAGGUAUUGAGUAAAACAUUGUUGACCUCUGUGAAAGAAAUGAGUGAUAAUAUCAACAGUACUAUGACCUUGAUGGAUAAAGGUGGAUUUACAAAUAGUUUAAAGGAUUACGUUAAAAACUUGACAGUUAAUUAUCCUGAAUCGUCUUUCCUGUUUGAAAUACCUUUUGAUUUAAGAUGGAAUGUACAGAUGAUUGACAGAGUGGUGAAAGUUUGUGACUUAGAUGAUAAUAAUUUGGCUGAAUUUCAUGCUAUUGUUAACAGAUUUCACUUACAACAAUCUGUGGUUCAUUCUAUUUGUGCUGACAAUAUAAGGUUGGAGGCUAUUGAAGAAAACUUACAAGGUAUAGUUAAAAAAUCAAAGAUAGAAAAUGAGAUGAUCUUAGAGGAUGUUUACAGACUUCUGACAAGGAAAGAUGAUUUUCUACAGAUGAUGUCUGAUCUGGAUAUAAACACAUUUAUAGAAGUAGCUCAGGUAUUGGAAGCAUUUAAAUGGAGAUCUUUACUGUUAGUAGUAUUGGAGAAAUGUUUCUGUAAUGAGGCAGAUAUUCAUACAUUGACACUUUAUUGGAACUGGUUCUAUGACAAGUUUAUCAGUACAAUAGUAAAUAGGAUGCCAGCAGAGUUGUCUUCUAUUGUCCAACACAUUCAUUCAAAAUUAGGACAGAAUAAUCAACUAGGGAAAAGAUACAUGAAGUUUUGGAACGCAACAGGGCAUCCUCAAGCUUACAAAACUAAAAUGGAAAGUCAGUUUGAUUUGUGUUUAACAGAUUUAGCCAAGCAGAUAGAUGUCCAUUGCCCAUUUGUAAAAUUAAUAGCAUUGCCCAAAAUUCAAUUGCACAUUACUGAUGGCAGAAUUGUUACAGAUCUUUUACUGUUCUGUUUUAAGAUAAUAUCAGCUGGACUGAUUGAAGAAAAUAAAGAUGUCUUAUGCGGUAAAAUUUUGGAAAUCAGACAGAUAUUGUGUAAAUCAGGAAUCAAAUCUGAUGCAGUAAACAAACAUUUAAAUGAGUACAUACGUGAAGAAACUCCAAUGGACGUUGGCCAAUCAGAUCAGAGUAUUUUACAGACAAGUCAUUAUUUACCCAAUGAAUCUGUCAGCUUGUGGCCACUGUAUGAAUCUGUAAUAGCUACAGUGGGGAGGAGUGUGAUGCACCAUAUGAGUGACAUCACUUCAAGUUAUAUGUCAACAUACACAGAUUAUUGUUUACAUUUUUCUUGUAUGUCACCAUUACAUAUCAAUAUGUGGCAACAGGCAAUAGAAACACCUGUAAGUAUACAUUAG